CGAUAAAUAAAGAUUUUUACAGAUAAAUUGCCACAGACCAAAUGAAUAUAUGGUAUUGCACUUUUAAGCUGGACGACGAAAAGACACUGGAAGUAUCUCGUAGGGAACGCGACCGUGUACUGGCUUUGAUGAGCCGUCUGUGGACAGUCACACAAAGAUCAUACACAAAUUCGUACGAUACCCUUUAUCCGAUCAUAAGGUCGGUGAUAACGAACCAACCACUUGACCGGAGUAAAGAAGCAGAGUUGAGAUAUUUCAAGAUGAACGGAUGGACCGAAUACCAGGCGGCCCACGACGGAUUCGAAUACAAAGAGGUCAAACGUUUUCUGGAAACCGGAAAAAGAUUGUGAUUAUUAUCGAGUGAAAAUAUGAAAAUUACCUACACGCGGCUGUCGUUAAAAUGUAUACUUGAAAAUGGCAGAAACACA